ACCAAAACACACACUCUGACUCUUUAAAUCCGGUUCCGUUAAAACCGAGAUCACUUCACGAACCCUUUAAACAUCCUGAAAUCACCAGACCGGAAGUGAGGGACUCUGUGGAAACCGGUAGGAAACCAACACACACUUGGUUGUUGAGUUUCGUUCUCCACACAGGCUUUAAAGCUCUGAUACUCUGCAUAACAUCACUAAAGUCGGAGUCCAGACGGCGCUCUUUAGGAAAAUCUCCACAGACUCCUGCUGUGACUGGCUCAAAGAUGUACCACUGCUCAGACUGUGGAGAGAGCUUUACUAAAAGUCAUCAUCUCAAAGAUCACGAGCAGAUCCACACAGGAGAGAAGCCGUGUUACUGUGGACAGUGUGGGAAGAGUUUUACUCGUGAGAGUAAUCUCCAAAUACAUGAGCGCAUUCACACAGGAGAGAAGCUGUACUACUGUGGACAGUGUGGGAAGAGUUUUACCCAACUAUGUACUCUCCAACAGCACGAGCGCAUUCACACAGGAGAGAAGCCGUAUCAUUGUGGACAGUGUGGGAAGAGUUUUACAAAUCAGAGUACUCUCCAAAUACACGAGCGGAUCCAUACAGGUGAUAAGCCGUAUCACUGUGGACAGUGUGGGAAGAGUUUUACUUGUCAGAGUGCUCUCCAACGACAUAAGCACAUUCACACAGGUGAGAAGCCGUAUCAUUGUGGACAGUGUGGGAAGAGUUUUACUUGUCAGACUAAUCUCCAACGACACCAGCGCAUUCACACAGGAGAGAAGCCGUAUCAUUGUGGACAGUGUGGGAAGAGUUUUACUUAUCAGAGUACUCUCCAAAUACACGAGCGGAUCCAUACAGGUGAUAAGCCGUAUCACUGUGGACAGUGUGGGAAGAGUUUUACUUGUCAGACUAAUCUCCAACGACACGAGCAUCCUCUGCUCCGGUGCGGACGCAUUGGUUCAAGUGAUACCAAUGAUCUCUCCCCACAACUUUCACAGCCGUGGCUGUUGCAGCGACCACAGUGA